AUAUUCCUAGCACACACAUCUGUGGGUGAGACAGUCAUUGGACUACUUUGUUGGUCAAAAAUUUUCUACCCUGGUGACUCAGAGCAGUCCUUCAAUGAGCUGCAGAAGGACUUCUGAUGAGCAUGUGAGGAAAAAAGCUGUUUCCAUGUCCUGUUGAAGACUUGGGUCUAACUAGAGGCCUGCAGUUGAAGGAAAGAUGUUUGCCUCUUAUCUGUACUGACAGACAAUGUUUCUACCAUUUGAAGUCAAGAAGAGAAGAAAAUAGAACAGGACCUGGAGAUCACUGUGGCACUCUCACCAUUGAACAAGAAGCAGAAUCAUUGCAAGCAUUUCCUUCUUUCCUCGAAGAGAAAAAUGAGCUGGGCAUUCCUACGUGAUCUGCUGAGUGGAGUGAAUAAAUACUCAACAGGAAUUGGAAGAAUCUGGGUAGCUGUUGUGUUCAUGUUCCGCUUACUGGUUUAUGUUGCUGCUGCAGAAAACAUCUGGAAACGUGAACAUGAUGAAUUUGAGUGCAAUAUCAAGCAGCCUGGUUGUGAAAAUGUCUGCUUUGACCAUUUUUUCCCAGUCUCUCACAUCAGACUUUGGGCUUUGCAAUUAAUCAUGGUCUCCACCCCUUCACUCUUGGUUGUCUUUCAUGUUGCUUACAGAGAGAACAGAGAGAAACACCACAACCAGAAACUUUACAAAAAUCCACGAAAGAUAGAUGGUGGGUUGCUGUGCACUUACCUAAUCAGCCUCAUUUUAAAAACAGGACUUGAAAUAGCUUUUCUUGUUCUGUUUUAUAAAUUGUACAAUGGAUUCAAAAUACCACGUCUUGUGAAAUGUGAUAUAAAACCAUGUCCCAAUACUGUAGACUGUUAUAUUUCUAAACCCACAGAGAAGAUGAUUUUCCUCUAUUUUCUGGUGGCAACUUCAUGCCUGUGCAUCGUAUUAAAUCUAGGUGAACUGAGUUAUCUGAUUUUCAAGUACUCCAUAAAAUGUUAUCUGAAGAGACAUGUGAAGAAACAGCAAGGCUCAAAAAGCAAUUGCUGUGAAUCAGAACUCAUCAGGUACAACAGAGCAGCAGCUGCAGGACAACUCCACAAGAGCUCAUCUUUGCCUCUGAAUAUGCAAGAUGAACAUGAAACACAUUCCCCGCUGAGUUGAAAGAAGGCUGGAGACCACGCUCCCAUUACACAAGCUGUUUUUGACAAAUUGCUUUUCCAAUCACUGCUUUGCAGAACGAUCCUUUGAAAGGAUAGUUACAUAAGAAAUGCUGUUUCUGUUAGCUCCCCAUUACUUGAGCUGAUAAAUUCGGUUACAUUAUGUAUGUUGUACAUAGAAUCAUUGAGACCUUUUCAUGUUAAAACAAGAAAUGUAGAAGUUCCGAGAAUUCCAUGAAGCUUUAAUAUAAACAUGCUUUAAUAUAAACAGAUGCUUAGGAUAAAUCAUGCAGAAACAAUUGCUCAAACAGUUGUGUAUUGAAUACUACACAGAAUUGCUUUGAUACAAGCAAAAAUAGGCUUUUUAUAUUCAGAGACAGGAAGAAUCUGGGAUCGAUUAAGACAAACAGCAAAGGGGUGUACAGGAUUUGUCUGGUGGGUGCAUCAGACCUGGUAACUGCUGAAAUGGCAAUGGGAAAAUGCUGGCAUAGAGUGAAUGCUGCGCCUUGAAGCAAGAUGGAUGGUCACGAGUCCAUUCCAUUGGACUACUAUAAAACAUCUCAAAAAAAGAAAAACCCCAGAGGUAGACACAUCUAGUUUAGUCCAUGUGAUAAAGACAGAUUUGGUUAUUUAGCUGUUUGUGCAGCACCUCCUUCUGGAGUUAUUUGAGCCCUUACAGCUGUUAGAGUGUUAAUCAUCAAAAAGCAUCCUUUAAGAAAGGCACUUCUCAAACUUGUGCAAGCAGCCUGUACCAGGGUACAGAGUUAACUCCUGGUCACCUGCACCAAGCAGCUCCCACAUCAUCAGACUUGUCUUCUGCUCUGUGGCAGUGGCAUUUAAGUGAACAGAUCAUUCUCACAUCCCUAGGAUGUGACCAGAGAAAUGCAGACCACAUAUACGGCAGAACAGUAGCCAGUAGUCCCUAGUAUUAAGUAGCCUAGAAUCUGGUCCCUUUAGUAAGGCUGAAAAUAUGCUAGUCCACAAUGGAUUUCUCUGCUGCCAAAUAGCACAUGAAAUCUAAAAAUAUGAAAAGCCUCCAGUAGAAACAAAGUAAAAAAGAAUCACCGGCUCCCUCCCCCAAAUUUCAAAGUAUCUCUUAAACACCCCACACCUCUGCUCUUUGUUAUGUUGUUUGGGCUAACAGGAAAGGGACAGAAAUUAGCUAAGACAUCUUCUGUUGAACCUACGCCUCUAAGACAAUGGGAAGUAGUGCCUUAAAAAACUUCCUUCAGGGUAGUGUUCUCAUUCUUUUGCUGGAAUGAAAGACCUUUGAACAUACAUCUGGUACUGAGCCUGAUCAAAAUGCACUGUUUAGAGAAAAACACCAACUGAAGGGGAGCUGCCUGAAUGCUGAACUAAUUUUAUUGUUCAUGCCAGGAUAAGGAGGAAGAAACAGUAGCAAAAGCAGGUUAACUGUUUGUUUUUUUUCACUGAGGCCCCCUCUGGCCCCUCGGCCUUGGUUACAAAGCAUUACAUUUACUGAAGUAGCAGUUACACACUGAAUGUUAGCAACUGAUGAACAAGCUAUGAACUUCUGAUGGUGAUUUUCAAGGAAGGGUUUAUUGUUUGUUUGUUUUUGCCCCCUAAAAUAAACCUACUUUUAUAAAAUAUGGAAAGACAUUUGCUGCUCCUGAAUUUAGCAGCAACAGCAGUCCCUCAGAUACCAGCUUGUGGCCAGUUAAUUUUAAAUCUUGACUGAUGCUGAAUCAGUGCAUAUCUAGAGACAGGGCGCUUUAUACAAAUCAGAACAUUUUCAGUUAAAUCUCUACAUACACAGAAUGUGGCUCAUGACAGAAAUGCAGUUAGAAAGUCUUUUGCAGCCCCUGGACAAAAGCCACCAAACAGUGCCUGAAGCAAAACCACCGCCCAUAAACCCUGUGAAACUGCAACUGCCACGGUUUAACUGUAACUAAGUAACUGAGAACAAACCCCCAAAUUAUCUUAGCCCAUCUGGAUCCUCAUGCAUCAUUUCAUUAAGACAAGGGCAACACUAUCAAAGAAAAAAUGUUGCUGAAAUAUCUGAGUUUUAAUAAGUGAGGACAGAUUUUUAAGAACACAUUAAUGAAAAAAUAUUUAUUAAUUGUUUUUAAAGUAAGGUUUAUUUGAGAGAAAAUGAAGAGAAGAAAACACAGUUUAGCCAACACAGGUUUCUGAUAAAAUUAGUGCAUUAACUGCUCUCUAAUAAAAAAAGUGGAUUAAGUCAGGGCUUGAAGGGUUUUAGAGCACCCCCUAAAGCUCUGUGGCUGGUCAGAGAUUACCACUUAGACCAAAAAUUUUCCCAUCAAACAAAAACUCUAAUUCUUUGGAAUGCAUAUUCAAAGUUUUAUUUUUAAUUCUAUCUUCUAACAGCCAAGAAAUUAUAAAUAAAUUCCAAAAUCAACAUUUUGAGUCUUGGAGGAUACUUCAGUUUUGACAAAGCCAGUACCUUACAUAAGAAAUAUUCUGCAAAAUUAUUAUGGACCAACUCCACAUAACCUGACUCACUCGCAGCAAAGCACCAAAUAGCCUUCACAUCAUGUGCUGCAAAAUUUGAGUGUUUGACAGGGCUACUAAUGAAAAGAAAUAACCAUCACUUAACCUGAGAGAACAGAAAGAAAUUCAUCUGCUUUCUGAACCCUUGCUCUUGGCAAGCAUUUGGUCUUUUACUGGCUCCUUCCCUUUCCCCACUUUUAUAUGCCUGUGUUCCCCAGUUUAAGUUUUACUCAUCCAUGCAUCCCUGAAGGCAUUUGCUGUUACAUUUUUGGUUCAAACGAAUUUGCUGGUUUGGUCCCUAAACUUCUGAGUCAGUCAAACUAACAUUCUAAAAAACUGAACUGAAAUGCUAUGUUCUGCAAAGAUAUAAGCAAUUGAUAGAAGCUGAUCUGAGCCCAUACUGUAAUGGAGAAAUAACUGAUCACUGCAUGCACAUUCAUACAAAAAUAUUUACCUUGUUCGUAUUUCAUAACAUCCCUGCAAACAUCAAAAGAUCUGUGUCUUUACACAGACUCUCAUUUUCUUUAAAAUCCAAGUAAGCUUCUUGUCCUGGGGCAGAAAAGGUUUGAAAAAAAGACACAGAAUAUUACCUAUUUGCUGAUAAUUUCUUCCCUCUACUCCUUUCUCCAAUACCAGUGGCUCCAUUUCCCACUCCUUUAAUUGUAUCAUCUCCACAGCAAGGCUCCAGGCAGGGCUGAGCAGGGUAUGAGCAGCAGCUUCUCCAGCUCAGGGACCUAAACCCCAGCGUCGCUUGUCCUUGCCCCGCUCUCCUCUGCACACAGGUGGGAGCCCCAGCCAACUAAUUCUUUGGCACAGAAACUAAUUGCAACAAUUAGCCAACUACUUGCCCCUCACCUGACCCAACAACUGAUUCCAGUGUUACUUGUACAAGCAUUCCUUACUUACUAUCCAACAUCCAUAGACCAAAUGUCCCAGCGUAAUGCUCUGGAACUCAGCCCCCCCAUCCUGCUGAGAGUGACCACUCUGAAACAUGUGGGGACAAACCUACUAUUCUUAUUUACACUGAAUUAGGGCUCAGGUAAUAGCAGAUUUCUUUAUAAACAUAGUUGAGCACCAGAGAGGCUGUCAAUUUAAAGGUGUCUUUUGAUCACAAAACCUGUCCAUGCUCUGCAUUCAGACUCCUCAGAUCGGCUGCUUUCUCCAUCAGCAACACUUGCUGCUUUAGUCAGCACAUUCCUGAUGGCAACAAGGGGGUUCAAAGAAAGCACCUUGCCUGAAUUGUGCCCAGGCAAUGGGUGACAAUUCUGGAAGGCAGAGACAUAGAGGAAGGAGAAAGAAAAGGCAGAAGACAGAGAAGGACUGGGCAGUGGGGCAGACAGCACCUUUGGGGCACGCCACAGGCAGAAGUGCUGCCGGUACUGGGCACCCCGGAGCCCCAUCCCGCCCAGCAGCCCCGAGGGCAGGGGUGCAGCUUCAGGCCCCAGCUAUGACAGCUGGGGUGGGAGGUUUUCUGUAUCACCCAAGGUAAAACAUCUGAAUGCAAACACCAUUUCCUUAUUUAUUAAAUUUAUUUCCUUAGGAUUUUCUGUAGGUGGCUUUACAAACCAGAGUGCCCUCUGCAGUCUGUGAUAUUUUAAAUCAGACCCUGCCUUUGGUACCCCAUUUUAAGUUCAAGAUACUCCUAUUAGGUUUUUAAAAAGGAAAUAACAGACCCCAUACUAGCUUACCUGUUGGACAGGCUGUCAGUAACCACCUAAAAGGGAGUGUGCCACGGAAUGUAUUAAUUAUAUGGGUACAGCAUCUGCUUUAAUGUGAUUGGUUGGGAUGAAAUGGUAUUAAAUAUUUUAUUCUCAGAAAUUCAGAUCCAAAUCAGAAAUUCCUUCCUGGAUAUUUAGGACAUUGGACUUUUUUACUCUUUCCUCUUUUUUUUUUUUUUUUUUUUUUUUUUU